AUGGACAUUCGCAACUUACUCAACGACCAAGAAGACCGUGAUUUUCUCGAAAACGCCAGCCUUUCGUCCUUUUCCUCCAAUGCAGACUCACCAAGUGGUGCUUCUUGUGAUUCUGAUAAGCCAUAUGAAUGUAUCUGGGACGACUGUGGCAAACGCUUUUCUAGACGCUCAGACCUUUCCAGACAUCGUAGAAUCCACACAGGCGAAAGACCCUAUCACUGCGAAUGGGCCGGCUGUGGCAAACAAUUCAUUCAGCGCUCAGCUCUAACAGUUCAUUAUCGCACUCACACUGGAGAGCGUCCUCAUGUGUGCGAAUAUACUUCUUGUGGAAAAUCAUUCAGUGAUUCUUCUUCUCUUGCCAGACACAGACGAACCCACACCGGAAAACGACCCUAUGUUUGCCAUUAUCCCGACUGUGGCAAGUCUUUCACACGCAAGACAACUCUCUCUAGACACCAAAGAUGCCACGACCCUCAGUGGAAAUCUUUUAGCAUGACCAAACCAUCUCCCUCAAACAAUUAUCUUCCUGCAUCUCCCACCACCAGUUGCGACUCUGAAGGCGACGCCCCUCCCAGUCCUCCUGCCACACCUUUGGAUUGUUUCCAGUACAACCGAUCCUCUCCCGUAUUGGUGGCUCCGAUUGUUUACCGCCCCCUGGCAACACCUUACCACCAACAGCAACACCAACAGCAACACCUCCACCACCACCACCAACAACAACACCAACAGCAACACCAACAACAUGGCUACAAUUAUCCCGAAAAGCCCACAGUUGGCUAUCCUCAACAAAGAUGGUCUGCACCUCAACCAUCUGCCUUUCGUCAACAACCAGCCAUGAAUGACGGGCCCCAUUAUCCGUACUACCAGCAACCCUAUACUACCCAUGGGAUGCGUACCCAGCCUUCGUCUUACAGCUACCCCAUCGAAAUCAAGUAG